AUGGCUGCUGGAACAUCCACUUUGCUUAGCCUGUCAGGUCCUGCUGAUCACAUGGCUGAGGGCAAAGGGUCUUCUCUGAGUGCUUCAGUUGAGAAAAGAUGGAGGCUCAUGGAACCCAAACAGAUCCAGCCAGGACUGCUCAAGAAAAUAACUCUCCUGGACUCUGGAACCACUGCAGGUAAGAGUAGCCAAGAUGUGACCUCUUCUGAACCAAGCCUGUCAACAGCACUGAAUGAACCUCGAGUGGACAGGCAUCUGGCCUGCAAGGCAUGCACAGAGCAGAGGCAGGGUACCUUCACAGAACUGUCUUGUCUCCAGAAGAGGCCAGGGGACAUUCAAGCCCAGAAGAGGAAGCCAGAGGACCCAGAAGGCUGGCUUGGCAGUGAGCAGCGGCCCUUGGAUCAUCCCAGAGCCUCAGUGGAUGGCACAGUGUGCUCAGUCUGGCCAGGAGCAACCCGAAAUGAGCAGAGAAGUGCUUUUAGCAAGCCAGCCAAGCGCCCGGCAGAGAAACCUAGGCGCUCCCCCUUGCUUCUGGACAGUGGAAAUGCAGAGGGCCCAUGGGAGCUCUCUGGACUCAUCACCACUGUGGACAUACCAGGAUGGGCUCAGCUGUCAACGUUCAAACUCAUGGGUGACUUCUGGAGAUUGCAUACAUUGUCACAGAACAUUCUGCUCUGUAAUGCUUUCCAGGGGGCUCCCGCAUCCUGGCUGGAUCACACCCAGGUGCAAGUACCCACAUCCUCAAUGCCUUCUGCCACAGCCUCUCAGGCUCUCUUGCCUCCCACCCUCUCCUCCCCAGGCCUGUCCACUCAGAACUGGUGUGCUAAGUGCAAUCUUGCCUUCCGUCUGACGUCUGACCUGGUCUUCCACAUGCGUUCCCAUCACAAAAGGGAGCAUGUGGGCCCUGAUCCACAUUCUAAGAAACGGAGAGAGGAAGUUCUCACUUGUCCCAUUUGUCAUGAGUACUUUCGGGAGCGCCACCAUCUUUCCAGGCAUAUGACUUCACACAGUUAG